UUUUGUUAUAUAUUGUUUUUGAUUUCUUAUUCCUGCUAUAUUGUGGAGUUUCCUCGUACGAAUGAGGAGGGAUCCGAUUGCUGAUGAUGUUGAUGUUGAUGUUGAUGUUGAUGCUGAUGCUGAUGCUGUUCCGAGGAAGGGGAAGGUUGUCACGACAAAACCACCACCUAUCCUUUCGGACGAGCUCAUAGAGGAAAUCCUGCUGAGGAUACCGGCGAGGUCUCUCGUUCGAUUAAGGAACAGCGUCUGCAGAUCAUGGAGAACCCUAAUUUCCAGUUCCCAAUUUGCCAAGGACCACCUUCGACGUUCAAUGGCGGUGGAUCCAGCCUUGACCCACCCACGUAUUGCCUAUUAUAGCGAAACCUACGUAUACCCCACAAUCGGAGUGUUUUCCGUACGAUCUGUGAUGGAGAACCCUCCCCAUGAACCCACUAAAGUAGUUCCCUAUGACUAUGAGGGAAGCUUCCGCCUCAUUAUUGGCUCUUGCAAUGGAUUGCUGUGCUUGCGCGAUGAAGAGGGCCAGGAUGGAUUUAUAAUCUCCCAUCGUGCCAUGCUGUGGAACCCCUGCACUGGAUUCACUUCUCAGCCGCUUGAAAUUGGAGGUCUCCUCUCCAUUUGCGGAUUCGGUUAUGAUCAUGUGAAUGACAAGUAUAAGCUUUUUGCACUUGUGAAAAAGAAAUCAGGCGAAUCCGUCUCCAGAAUGUUUACAUUCGGCCCAAAUUCUACCUGGAGAACAAUCCAGGAUUUCUCCCAUAAAAUUCGUAACCGCAAUUACAGGGGUUCUAUGGUGGAUCAUGUAGGGCUUUUUGUAAGUGGCACUGGCACUCUUAAUUGGCUUUUUCACCGCUAUCUUAGUUUUGUGUGGGUUCUUUCCCUUGACUUGGUCAAAGAGACUUAUAAUCAGUUUUUCCUUCCCGGCAGGGAUUCAGAUGAUGAUCACUGGGUGGCUCCCCAAUUGGGUAUCUUGAGGGAUUGUCUUGCUGUUUGUUAUGAGACUAAGAAAACUCAUUGGACUGUCUGGUUGAUGAAGGACUAUGGAGUUCCUCAGUCUUGGACUAAAUUGGCCAUAAUCCCCCACCACCCGCUACUCGAUCGUCGUCCUUCAAGCCUACGGCCUAUAUACAUGUUGAAAAAUGUUCUUCUUGUGUUUUCUCCGUGUGACAAGUUUGUUUUAUGUAACUUAAGUGAUGGCAGCGUAGAUUUUCCUAAUAUUGACAGCUCCAGUGAUGACAUGCCCAGACAUCGUCCUUUAACUCAGCGUUCAUAUGCAAGGAUCUUUCAACUCUAUCAUGAAAGCUUAGUUUCACCGUCGCACUUUGGUCUUCCAAGCUGCUCAUCUGAGAUGCGGUUAGGGCUGCAUAUGGAUCGGAUAAUAUCUGCAUAUCUGCGGUAAUUAUCCGCAUCCGAU